AUGCCUUCAGCAGCUCUCUGCGCACGCUCAUUGAGGGCCUACGCCCGUCAUGGCUCCAACCACACUGCCAUACUUGCUCGCGCAUUUUCUGCGACAGCACGGAGACCGGAGAUCAACAAAGUCUAUCCCUCAGCGACCGAGGCUCUCAAAGACAUGAAGCCCAACUCCACGCUGCUCUGCGGCGGCUUUGGCCUCUGUGGCGUGCCCGAUACCCUAAUUGAUGAGGUUCUGAAGAAGCCAGAGAUUACCGGCAUCACAGCCGUAUCUAACAACGCCGGUACCGACGCCUCUGGUCUUGGCAAGCUGUUGAAGACAAAGCAAAUCAAGAAGAUGAUUGCUAGCUAUAUCGGCGAGAACAAGACCUUUGAGAAGAUGUACCUGACUGGUGAGGUUGAGCUCGAGCUCACCCCUCAGGGCACCCUGGCUGAACGUUGUGCCGCUGGCGGCAAGGGCAUUCCGGCCUUCUAUACCCCCGCAGCUUUCGGAACCGUCGUUCAGACCGGUGAGCUUCCCCUGAGAAACAAGCCAGAUGGCUCUCCGGACCAAUUCUCCUACCCUAAGGAUGUCAAGGUCUUCAAUGGCAAGUCUUACCUGCUCGAGGAGAGUAUUGCUGGUGACUACGCUUUCGUCAAGGCCUACAAGGCCGACAAACUUGGAAACUGCCAGUUCCGUUUGGCUGCCAACAACUUCAACGGCGCCAUGGGCCGAAACGCCAAAAUGACCAUUGUCGAGGCAGAGCACAUUGUCGAGCCUGGUGAGAUCUCCCCAGAGGCCGUCCACCUGCCCGGCAUUUACGUCAAGCGUGUCAUCCAGAGCACAAGCGAAAAGAACAUUGAGAAGUACACCUGGACUAAGGACGAGAGCGACCCCGAUGCCAAGAAGGCGCUCGGAACCGGUGAUACAGCUGCCAAGCGUGAGCUCAUCGUCAGACGUGCGGCCAAGGAGUUUAAGAACGGCAUGUACGCCAAUCUGGGUAUCGGUAUGCCCAUGCUUGCUCCCGGCUUCGUUGGCCCCGAAGUUGAAGUUCAGUUGCAGUCCGAGAAUGGCAUCUUGGGUCUCGGCCCGUACCCCCGCAAGGGUGAGGAGGACGCUGACCUCAUUAACGCUGGCAAGGAGACCGUCACCCUCAAGCCCGGUGCCGCCGUCUUCGGUAGCGAGGAGAGUUUCGGUAUGAUCCGCAGUGGCCGUAUUAACCUGACCAUCCUGGGUGCUAUGCAGGUCAGUGCGACCGGUGAUCUCGCCAACUGGAUGCUGCCGGGUAAGGUCAAGGGCUUUGGUGGUGCCAUGGACCUUGUCAGCAACCCUAGUGCAACCAAGGUUGUUGUGACCAUGGAGCACACAGACAAGAAGGGCAACCCCAAGAUUGUCAAACAAUGCGCUUUCCCUCUGACUGGUCGCGCCUGUGUCUCUAGAAUUAUUACCGAACUGGGUGUAUUCGACGUUGACUUUGCUCACGGCCUGACCCUGAUCGAAAUUGCGGACGGUGUUACAGUGGACGAAAUCAAGAGCAAGACUGAGGCGCCGUUCACGGUGGCUGAGGACUUGAAGCCUAUGUUGUAA